AUGUGGAGUUUAAGAAUUUUGGUUUUUUUACUGAUACAAAUAUCCGCAUAUGGAUUUCUUCAUAGAUACCCGAAAAUAAAUUUGGGUGUAGAUGGUGGUGAUCCUGGAAAGCCAUUAUUUUUGACCCCGUUCAUUGAAAGUGGUAAUAUCACAGAAGGUAGGCGUCUUGCCCGCGUUGCUUUUACUGAGACUUUGCAAAUUAAAAGCUAUGCUGGAUACUUCACUGUGAAUAAGGAAUAUGAUUCGAAUCAAUUCUUCUGGUACUUUCCCGCCAUGUUGGCUAAUAAUAAAGAUGCGCCGGUGAUCGUAUGGCUACAAGGAGGUCCAGGUGCGUCUUCACUAUAUGGUCUCUUUACUGAAAAUGGGCCUCUAAGAGUUCGUAAUAAUAAAUUUGAGAGGAGAAAAUAUAACUGGGCUCUAAGCCACCACCUUAUUUACAUUGACAACCCAGUGGGAACUGGCUUCAGUUUUACCAAGGAUUCUCGGGGCUACUGUCAAAACGAAACCCAAGUAGGAGAACAGCUUUACUCCACAAUUAUACAAUUCUUUCAGUUGUUCCCAGAAUUGCAAGGCAACAAAUUUUUUAUUACCGGGGAGUCAUAUGCUGGUAAAUAUGUUCCAGCUUUUGCCUACACUAUACAUAAGAAAAAUCCAUCUGCAAAAUUGAAAAUCAACCUCAAGGCAUUGGCAAUAGGAAAUGGAUUAAGUGACCCGGAACACCAAUUGGUAUACAGCAAGUACUUGUAUCAAAUAGGACUUUUAGAUUGGAACCAAGCCAAAAUAUUUGCUGAUGCUGAAAACAAAGUUGUAGAUUUAAUCAAACAGCAGAAAUUUGAUAAAGCAUUUGACGCCUUUGAUACUUUACUAAACGGAGAUCUCAUUGAUGGAAAGAGUAUUUUCUAUAACAUGACCGGUUUUGAAUUUUAUUUCAAUUUCCUUCACACCAAAGACUAUAAACAGUUUGAAGACUUUGGUCCAAUGCUACAAAAAAGUUUUGUUAGAAAGGCAAUACAUGUAGGAAAUAUGACAUUCAAUGUUGGGAAAGAAGUUGAACAGCAUUUAAAACAAGAUGUAAUGAAGUCAGUUGCACCUUGGAUAGCUGAGUUACUUGAUCAUUACCAUGUUGUGGUAUACAAUGGACAGUUAGACAUAAUAGUAGCAUAUCCAUUGACAAUUAAUUAUUUGAGAAAUCUCAAUUUUACUGGAUCUGAAGAGUAUAAGAAUGCCAAAAGAUACCAGUGGUAUGUAGAUGGAGAGCUGGCUGGAUAUGUGAAACAAGGAGGGAAAUUGGUGGAGAUUAUGGUAAGAAAUGCUGGCCACAUGGUACCCGGCGACCAGCCUAAGUGGGCUCUGGAUUUGAUUACACGACUGACUCAUGAGAAAACAUACAAUAGUUAUGCCCCUAAACAGCCUUUUGGAGAUCAGUAA